AGAGGAGGAGCGCGCAAUUUCCUCUCUCAUUUCACUGCUACUAUGUUAGUCAAGUUCACGCUCGCAUCACUUAUCCACAUCUGGCUGCCCUCUCCAAACUAUACAGUAUUUGACGCCUUUGGCUCCUCUACAGCGAUUUGCUUGCUUUUGAUUUUCUGUUGCACCAUCAGCCAUGUUGAUUAUUUUGGCCUUCAUCAUCCUCUUCCACAUCACCUCAGCAAUACUACUCUUCAUAGCAACCAUCGGAAAUGCAUGGUGGGUUUCGAAUGAGUUCUCCAUGGAUCUCUGGUACAACUGCAACAACACAAAUUGUUAUGACAUACCAGACAGUGCAACCUCUGAUGCAGCCUAUCUUCAGACUAUCCAGGCCACCAUGAUACUGUCCACUAUCUUGUGCUGUGUGGGUUUCUUUGUCUUCAUCCUUCAACUCUUCCGUCUGAAGCAGGGGGAGAGAUUUGUCUUCACAGCAAUCAUCCAGCUCCUGUCCUCUUUUUGUGUGAUGACCGCUGCAUCCAUCUACACAGCGGAGCACUUAAAUUUCAAGAGUGAUGAAUUCAAGACUGGGGACUAUGGGUACGCCUUCGUCGUAGCUUGGGUCGCAUUUCCCAUGACGCAGAUCAGCGGCUUGAUGUAUCUAUUGCUGAGAAAACGCAAAUAA